AUGGCGUCGUUGGCGGCUCCGCCUCCGAAGCCGCCGUUCUCCCGAGGUCCGCACCUGCCGCCGAGCUCCACGGCUGCUUGGAAGCUCACCGCCGGGAGGAAUCUCAGGGGAGGCCUGGCCGCUAACGCCGUGAGUUCCAUUUUCCUCGCUUGAGAAAGUUGUAGCUGACAUUUUUAGAACAGAGUGUUGUGCUGUGUAAACUGGCCUUCUUUCAGUGGAGACUUCUGUCCGUCGUGUGAUGGUUCUCAGUCCCCUCUCUCCUGGACAAUUAACGUUGCCAUUCGAUUUUGGAAGUCAUCUUUCUUUUCAUUUAAUCUCGGAAGUGAAGAACAAAAUAACAUCGAUGUUGAUUCCUGCGAGCAUGCGUAAAGCUCCAGGGAAAGAAACUUUGGCUUGGAAAUCAGUCGCCACCGCGAUCCGUUUUCGCUGUUAAGUACCGAGAGCAUGGCUGAUGAUGAAAAUGUUGCAGGUUGCCGGUGGAUUGUCAGUUAGCUGGAACCAAAGAGAAAAAAAUAGUGUUUUCAAUGGUGCGGACGAGGAUUUCCUAGAAGAAAAUGUGUGGGAUGAACUGGAUUCCGAUCUCUACUACUGGACAAAGCCGUUGCGUCCUGUGCAGGUACUUUUAGCUUUGGUCUCGUAAGAAGAGAAAACAUCUGCUUCCUGCGUAGGUGCGUAAGAAUUUGGUCCAGUGAAAUGAAAUUUCCUGUAAAAUCUAGCGGUUUACUCGAUCGGUACGUCUUAUAUUGCAUGAAUAGACUUGAAGUUGUGCUUAUCAUGACAUCCACUCUUUUGUUCCCGAAGUGGUAUCCUGGUCAUAUUGCGAAGACGGAAAAGGAACUCAAGGAGCAACUCAAGCUGAUGGAUGUGGUUAUAGAAGUGCGUGAUGCAAGAAUUCCCUUGGCGACAAGUCAUCCUCAGGUGAAAUUCUACUUUCACAGGAAUUACCUUUACUCUGCCUCCAAGCCCUUUUUGAUCGAGACAUCAAAAUCUUGAUUGAGCAGAUGGACGCAUGGCUUGGAAAUCGGAAAAGGAUUUUAGUUUUGAAUCGUGAGGACAUGAUAUCGUCUGCUGAUCGGAAUGCAUGGGCCGAAUUCUUUUCUAGACAAAAUACUAAAGUCAUCUUGUCAAAUGGGCAGCUUGGAAUGGUACUUCAUUUACACUCUUUGUUCCAUAUUUUUGGCAUGUUAUGGCUAUGCAGCUUAUCAUAACCUUGAUUGCAUGUGACUGAAGGGUUCAAUGAAGCUGGGAAGACUUACAAAAUCAUUAGCUGCUGAUGUGAAUGUCAAGCGUAGAGCAAGAGGGCUCCUUCCUCGUCCAGUAGGUUUCGUAAUUUUUUCUGCCAUGGCGUAAUUUCUUAACGUCACUUGGCAAUCAUAAUCAUGUGAUCUCAAUUGCAUGUAAUUUAGCUCUCAGUUUCUUUACAUCCUCUUUGUGGGGAUCCGUCCAAUCACAUGGUGGCAACAUCUCACUCUAUUUGGGACCUGACGUGGAUUAGUUAUGUUUAUCUAUGUUCUUUCAGGUUCGAGCAGGCAUAGUCGGAUAUCCAAAUGUUGGCAAGUCUUCAUUAAUCAAUCGUUUGUUGAAGCGCAGAAUGUGUCCUGCGGCUCCCAGGCCAGGCGUCACAAGAGAGUUGAAGUAAGUGGCUUUAGUUCUUUUGUACAUUACGAGUCAUUUUUCUGGAGUUAUUUCAAAUGGGACCUGCAUCUUUUUUCAUAUAUUGCUUCUCCCUCUGUCAUGUGCUGGUUAACCACUGGCUCCAGUCUCUAAAGAUGAUGUUUUAUUUCUGUGUUUCUUUCUGCCUUCCUUUUAUUGGCUUAGAUGGGUCCGCUUUGGGAAAGAUCUAGAAUUGUUGGACUCGCCUGGAAUACUGCCCAUGCGGAUAAGUGACCAGACUGCUGCAAUCAAGUUAGCAAUCUGUGAUGACAUUGGAGAGAGAUCAUAUGAUGUUACGGAUGUUGCUGCCAUUCUCGUACAGAUGCUGACAAAGAUCCCUUCAGUAGGUCUGUUUUUUUUUUACUUUGAUCAAAUUUUUUUCCCUAAUGAACGUUCUUUCCCACAUGUUCCCUAAAUACUAAAACAGAGAAACAAUAUACCCCAAGUUCUCACUGAGAGUGUGCAGAUCAUGUUGAUACCGCAAACCUCUCAAAAUUGAGGUCCUUCAAUAUUAAACUAACAGAUUGCUCGCUCUCUCUUGAACGUGUUGAAAUGAUUUACCUCUUUGCCAAACAUCUCUUGUGAGCCAUCUGAUGAACAGUUGAUAUCACGUGGAGUAUUUAUCUUUCUUUAUUUUAUUCGUUUGUGAAAGUGUUGGGGCUCCAAGCGGAUAAGAUGUUACUAACAACCGGAUUCUAGCCCGUUAACGUUUUUUGUAAUGAAGAGGAAGGUUUUUAACCUUAAAUUUUGAGGGGAUUGGGGUUUCAGAUUGGUAUAUACUUCGUUGAUAAAAAUUCUGUUAGGUUAGCAAUCACUUCUCCCUUACUCUUCUUUCUUUUCGUAUUUAUUCUUGGUGCAUGCAGUGAGCAACAUACUUUCAGGAAAAGGAAACAAGGAGUAGGAAAUGCCCUCUGCUAUGCUAUAUAUUUCUUAGAAUGCUUGUGCUUCAGACAACCACUUUUUGUUUUCCGUGCUGUACAUUGCUAAUCAAAAUACUUUUUACAUUGCAAAACCAAAAGUCAAACUUUCUUUUGAUUAUUACUAUUUGAGCUACGGUGGUUACGUGGUAUUAUUUGUGUAAUGGAGAAGUAAAAACUCCUUACAAAAGUCUGAAAUGACUGCUGACAAACCUUGCUGGGCCUCGUAUUGUCUUUGUGGAUAAACUAUUGCACAUGAUCUCUGAUAUCCAUUCCUUAUGAGAAUGCGCUACGAUUCUUAACAGCUUUAGACUCAGCUUUAGAUUCUUAACAGUUUUAGAUCUCUUCAUGAGGGAUAGUCUUUCUUUUUUUCGGAGAUAAUUUGUUCCACGAAUACUGCAUCUUGGUUUCUUCUACCUCUCCUACUGAAUCUCAGAAGGGUGUUAGCGUGUUAUUGAGUUUAUGAAUCUGGUUGGUGGUGGCAGGUUCAAGAGCCCUUUACAAUCGAUAUAAGAUAGAUCCAGAUGGUAUCGGCGGCAAAACGUAGGAUUCCAGCUGCCGCCUCUUAAUUUCUCUGUUAGCUUCCUCAUCGUUAACUUGGCCUGAUUUUUGCCUUAUUCUGUAAAUUUCAGACUUAUCGAGAAGCUCUCCCUUCAACGAUUCAAUGGCGACAAUAGUCAAGCAGCGUUUCGGGUUUUAAGCGACUUCAGAAAGGGCAAGUUCGGAUGGGUCGCUCUAGAGAGGCCUCCUAGGUGA